AGACUAGAUUCACUCAUCAACAACUCGAGGCAGCAACAAAAAAAGACUUGGAUUUCUGCUAGGCAGCAAAGAAUUGAAAACGUAUAAUACCUUUCUCCGCGGUAGAUAUUUUACACACCGGAUUUGGAACACAACAACUCCCGAGAUGCAGUCCGCCGACCCCGAGCACUUUUUUGAGACCGACGCAGCCCAGGAGAAGAGGCACCGGCGGGCAGCCAAAGCCGGGAACAAAUAUGGCAACCCAAUCUCCCUAAAAUCCAAGAUUUUGGCCGCCGUGCCUGACCCUAGAUCCCCUUCAUCCGCACUCCUCGUUGCUGAGUCGGCUGGCGCUGUGCGCCUGGUCAAGCUCAAUGAGCCCGAGGACACCAAGACGGCUUACCGUGGCCCAACCGCCCCAGUCUGCUCCGUCGCUGUUGGCGGCCCCCACGCCGGGACUCUCUUCGCCGGCUCGUGGGACAAGAACGUCUGGUCUUGGGAUCUCGCCUCCAAGGCUCCCGGGCGUAAAUAUGUCGGCCACACAGACUUUGUCAAAGCCGUCGUCUGUGCGACUGUCGGAGGCAAGCACAUCCUGAUCAGCGGUGGCGCCGACAAGAAGAUCAUGGUUUGGGACAUUUCCACGGGAGUCAGGUUGCAUACGCUGCAGGACGGCGCGGUAAACAUGCUCAGCAUCCAGGACCUGGUCGUCGACCAUGCGUCUUCCACCGAAAGUGAGGUUAGCGUCAUCAGCGCCAGCAGCGACCCGCACAUUCGCCGGUGGAAGAUACGGCUCGACGGGUGGGAGCAGGUCGUUGAAACGUCUCCCGACGCGCCGGGCACGGACCGUCGGACUAUUCUUGAACACGAGACGACCGUCUACAAACUCGUGCUCGACCACGACAGCGACGAAGUUGACCUCUGGACUUCGAGCGGCGACGGUACGACAAAGUGCCUGUCGCGGAUGAGGAACUUCACCUGCGAGGACACCUUCCACCACGGAGACCACGUGCGCGCCGUGGCGGUCACGGAAAAAUGGGUGAUCACAGCGGGCCGGGACGAGGACAUCAAGUUCUGGGACCGCACCUCGGGCAAGCUUCAUUGCUCCCUUGUGGGACACUACGACGAGGUCACAGAACUGGUCGUGCUCAGGGGCCCGGGCGGGUCGGGCGACCGGGUCUGCAGCGUGAGCAUUGACGGCACGGUCCGGACAUGGCCUCUGGAGAAGGCCGGCUUAGACGCCGCCCUCGAGGAGCAGGAGAAACCCGCGGGGGAGGAUAAAAAGGAGGUCGGUGGUGAGGACCUGCUAAGCGCUGAAGAGGAAGCCGAGCUUGCCGCACUCAUGGACGAGUAGCCCGAGGAGAUUCUUCCUCGCCGUGACUAACUUCAUCUUCGUUAACCAGCGCUGUUACACACGUGGUAUCCCAAGCGCCACCGAGCGUUGAUUCAGU